GACCUUGCUUUAGUCCGGUAUUCCCAAAGAAAUUAUUACAAAAUGUAACAAAGCUAACUACGAGAUCGAGCAACAUAAAUAUCUUCCUUCCCACUAUAUAUAUAGUAGAGUUUCUCAGUGUUUCUUAUUCAAUAUUUUCACCUUUUUAUUUGUUCGUUUGGCAAGUGAAAAUGUCUCCAACGAAGGACUAUUCUCACCAAAAUGGAAGACUUAUGACGUGUCGUGAUCAGACGGUGGCCGCAGAUACGAAUGAGAGUGAAGACUAUGAUGAUCUUUUACGAUUAUUGAAUAGAAGUAGGCCCUUAAAUAUAGAGAGGAAUAUAUCAUUGGUUGAAAUAAGGCCUUUCUUCGGUGAAAUGUCAUCCACCACAAACACUAGUACCCAAUAUUAUUAUAAUAAUUGUCAUCACAACAGAAAUAAUAACCAUCAUCAUCAUGUAUCUUCUCCUGUGAGAAGAUCUGGUUUUAGUAUCCCCAGAUCCAACGGUUACUAUGAGUCACAUCCCAUUAUUGCCGAUGCCUGGGAAAACUUGAGGAGAUCAUUGGUUCACUUCCGUGGUCAACCUGUUGGAACUCUUGCUGCUCUUGACCAUUCCAAAGACGAACUUAACUAUGAUCAGGUGUUUGUUAGAGAUUUUGUGCCAAGUGCAUUGGCGUUUCUGAUGAAUGGAGAGGAAGAAGUAGUGAGAAAUUUUCUUCUAAAGACACUAAGGCUCCAAUCAUGGGAGAAAAUAGUGGACCAGUUCAAGUUAGGAGAAGGAGUAAUGCCAGCAAGUUUCAAAGUGUUACAUGAUCCUGUAAGAAACUCUGAGACUAUAUUUGCUGAUUUUGGUGAGAGUGCAAUAGGAAGAGUGGCCCCAAUUGAUUCUGGAUUUUGGUGGAUUAUAUUACUUCGUGCUUACACAAAAUCCACAGGAGACUCCUCCUUGGCUGAUAUGCCACAGUGCCAAAAUGGUAUUCGCCUUAUUCUAAGCAUAUGCUUAUCAGAAGGCUUCGACACUUUUCCAACUCUCUUAUGCGCGGAUGGAUGUUGUAUGAUUGAUCGCAGAAUGGGUAUUUAUGGUUACCCAAUAGAAAUACAAGCAUUAUUUUUCAUGGCAUUAAGAUGUGCUCAAGUUUUGCUUAAGCAAGACGAUGAUCAUGUAGUAGUGGGGAAUAAAGAGUUUGUGAAACUAAUAGGUGAUCGUCUCCAAGCAUUGAGUUACCAUAUAAGGAGUUACUUUUGGUUGGACCUUAAGCAACUUAACGAUAUAUAUCGAUACAAAACAGAGGAGUACUCCCACACAGCUGUAAACAAAUUCAAUGUGAUGCCCGAUUCUCUUCCUGACUGGGUUUUUGAUUUCAUGCCUACACGUGGUGGUUACUUCAUUGGGAAUGUAAGCCCUGCUAGAAUGGAUUUUCGUUGGUUUUGUUUAGGCAAUUGUGUUGCUAUUAUUUCUUCUUUGGCUACUCUUCACCAAGCUUCAGCUAUUAUGGAUCUUAUUGAAGCCCGUUGGGAAGAGUUGGUUGGAGAAAUGCCACUUAAAAUAUGUUAUCCUGCUAUUGAAGGUCAUGAAUGGCAAAUAGUAACUGGUUGUGAUCCUAAGAACACAAGAUGGAGUUAUCACAAUGCCGGUUCUUGGCCAGUGCUUAUAUGGCUGUUAACGGCCGCGAGUAUAAAGACCGGUCGUCCUCAGAUAGCAAGGCGUGCAAUUGAAUUAGCCGAAAGCCGAUUGUCGAAGGACCAGUGGCCGGAGUACUACGACGGUAAGGCUGGGAGGUACGUGGGAAAACAGGCUCGUAAGUUCCAAACAUGGUCUAUUGCAAGCUAUUUGGUGGCUAAAAUGAUGCUUGAAGACCCUUCUCAUUUGGGAAUGAUAUCACUCGAAGAAGACAAGCAAAUUAAACCUGGCCUUAAAAGAUCAGCAUCCUGGACAUGUUGAUACACACAUAUAUAGAUAUAUAUAUAUACACCCUAGCUUUCUUGUUUAACUAGUAUAUGAAAAUUUUAUGGUGCACUGUGUAUCCAAGUACUUCUUUCAUCUUAUUUAUAUUUAGAUGAUUUUAGUUUUAAUAUUUUUAUAUCACAGUGUAUAUCCCGUAAUUAUAUAUAACAUCCUUUAAAUUU